CCACCCACCCGUGGCCGAGCCGUGCCGAGGCCUACAAAGCAGCGGAAGCUACCCGCUCCUCGCCGCUUCCGUCUCGUCCUCGCCCCCUUCCUGCUUCUUCGAGUGACCGCCCCACCCCGGUUGCGGAGAUGGCGACGCGCUUCGUGCUCAACACCGGCGCCAAGAUGCCCGCGGUGGGGCUCGGGACCUGGCAGUCCGACCCCGGCGUAGUCGGCGAGGCCGUCUACGCCGCCGUCAAGGCGGGGUACCGGCACAUCGAUUGCGCCAGAGCUUACAACAACGAGAAGGAGGUAGGUUUGGCUCUGAAGAAACUAUUUGAAGAGGGUACAGUCAAGCGUGAGGAUUUGUUUAUCACCUCUAAGCUAUGGUGUGGUCAUCAUGCCCCAGAAGAUGUGCCAGAGGCAAUUGGUGAUUCCUUAAAUGACUUGCAGCUUGAGUACUUGGAUCUUUACCUUAUCCAUUGGCCAUUUAGAGUCAAGAAGGGAACCAGCAUUAACAACCCUGAAAACUACAUACCACCUGACAUCCCAGCUACGUGGGGAGCGAUGGAGAAGUUACAUGAUGCUGGCAAAGCUCGUGCAAUUGGUGUGAGUAACUUCUCAUCGAAGAAAUUGGGUGACUUGCUUUCUGUAGCUCGUGUACCUCCGGCUGUUAACCAGGUGGAGUGCCAUCCUGGUUGGCAGCAAUCUAAACUCCAUGCAUUUUGCCAAUCGACUGGUGUUCACCUCUCCGCGUACUCGCCCCUAGGUUCACCUGGUUCAACAUGGAUGAACGGUAAUGUUCUUAAAGAACCUGUUGUUCUCUCAGUCGCAGAGAAGCUUGGCAAAACUCCUGCACAAGUGGCACUGCGCUGGAACAUUCAGAUGGGUCACAGUGUACUCCCAAAGAGCGUGAGUGAAGAACGGAUAAAGCAGAACCUUGAUGUUAAUGACUGGUCUAUUCCAGAUGACUUGCUUGCAAAGUUCUCUGAGAUUAAGCAGGUUAGGCUGCUCAGGGGCAACUUCAUUGCUAAUCCAGACAGCGUUUACAAGACCGUCGAGGAGCUCUGGGACGGCGAAAUUUAGGACCACCACCGGGGCUGACCGAUUAUGCUCAGAGAGCAGGACACCUUAGUGUCAGUCACUUGUUGCGUAUUUCCAACUAUGCGCUUAAGAAACAUAUGGUUAUGGUUGUGAUUCAGUUCCCUUGGGGUGCGGAUCUUUCUGUAGACUGCAUGGAUUGUUCCUCUAGGUCUUGCUUGUCGGCUACAGCUGUGAGUUGCCGUUGGAGGCAUGAAUUUAUCCUAUGACUCUGCAAGUUUGUUCCUGUCUCUGACAAUGUUUGUUUAUGUACGCUCGUUUGCUCGAUAGUGCUACUUAUUUCCAUCCCAAAA